UAAUGCGCCGAAUCAGUAGUUUCACUGGUUCCGAAUGUUGGACAAAAUUCCGUUGGUGGCGCUUGUGUGCAAUAAUUGCCCAUAUUUUCUAAGAAGGUUACAUUACAUUUUCCGAAGAUGGCGCGUUCAGUACCUUUAAGUGUUUCGAGAACAAGUUGCUUUCUUUGUUGGGUGAAUUUUGCUUCUCUUUUAUCAGUUGUACGAGAUCGACUGCUCUGUUCCGUAUGCGUGUAAAUAAGCUGGUGGAACGCUGGUUUCUAGCCAUGUUGGGCAGUGACACCUAAAACAGUCAUUUUUGUGCUUUCCAACCCUAGUUUCGUGUGUGCUUUUAGUGAAUAGUUUUUGAAAAUUGGAUUACGUAGUUCUCGACAAUGAGCUGGGGAACUGAACUUUGGGACCAGUAUGACAAUUUGGCUGCCCAUACAAUCAAAGGGAUCGACUUUUUGGAGAGGUAUGGCCACUUUGUCAGGGAUAGGGCCACGAUAGAAUGCGAAUACGCUUAUAAACUAAGGAAAUUAGUAAAGAGUUACCAGCCCAAAAAGAAAGACGAGGAGGAGUAUCAAUACACGUCAUGUAAGGCAUUCAGGUUGCUCAUGAAUGAGAUAAAUGACUUGGCUGGACAACAUGAGGUCGUCGCCGAAAAUCUCCAGGCCAACGUCAUUAAAGAAUUGAACGCUUUAGUCAAAGAUCUUAGAGAAGAACGUAAGAAACAGUUGCUAGAGGGUGCAAGAUUAAAUCAGGCAGUAAAAGACCAAGUGGAGGCUCUUGUUAGGUCUAAAAAGGCAUACGAAAAAGCCUUUAAAGAAGCAGAAAAGGCCCAAGAAAGUUUUCAUAAAGCCGACCUUGACCUAAACUUAUCGAGAGCUGAGGUAGAAAAGCAGCGUUUGAACAUGUCUUAUAAGUCACAGGUGUGCGAGACAGCGAAAAACGAAUAUGCUGACCAGUUGCAGAGGACAAACGACUUGAGACGUCAAUAUUAUCGUUCGGGGCUUCCCGAGGUGUUCAGGCAACUGCAGGAUCUCGACGAGAAACGAAUAAAGAACAUAAAGAACUUCAUUUAUAGUUCUGUCGAAAUCGAACGAAAAGUAUUUCCAAUAAUCAACAAGUGUCUAGAUGGAAUCGUCAAAGCUGCCGAUAUUAUCAAUGAGAAAGAGGAUACGCAGCUAGUAGUAGAGAAAUUUAAGUCUGGUUUCGAAAUUCCUGCUGAUUUUCCCUUUGAAGAUUUGUCUAAAGGAGGCUCAAUGGAUACAGGGGGCAGCAUACCAACCAUAAACCACAUACAACCCGCUAUUAAGAUUAAAGAAAGUGGAUACACCGUUAAAGGCACGUUUUCUGGCAACAAGAUCAAAAAACGUGCCGGACUUUUGAAUUUGUUUGGUGGACGGGGGAAUGCUGCUGUUACUGAUGGUAAGGAGGACUUCAGUGACUUGGCCCCCAACCAGAGGCGGAAAAAGUUGAUGCAGAAGGUUGAGGAGUUGCAAACGAAGGUGGCACAAGAGACAGCCACCCGCGAUGGUCUCAUGAAAAUGAAAGGGGUGUAUGAAUCGAAUCCUGCCCUCGGAGAUCCCAUGACUGUUGAAGGUCAGUUGAAUGAGUGUAGUCACAAGCUAGAAAAACUCCAAAUGGAUUUGAAGAGGUAUCAGGGAUAUUUGGAGGAGGCAGUGAAGAGCAUAGGAUUCAAUCCUCCCCCGUCGCAGACUAAUUCUCCCCGAUUACAAAAUGGGGGCGGAUUGCACCACAGCAGGUUGCAUAGGAACAGUGGGGGCAGUGCGGCUGAGGAGGAAUCACUCAGCCGAUCUGGCUCUGAUAGUAGUGUUACGAAUCCUUCUCAGAAUCACAACAGGCAUUUUUCGGCACCUGGCACCCCUCAACUCAAUAAUCAUGGUUGUUCCAACAGUCCAGAAAGCGGUCUCGGCACGUCACACACUAGUCUGCCGGGGGCUGAUUCCGAUCCGGACCAGUACGAUUCGCAUCAUAACAACGACCCGGAGAGCGAGUACUAUGAGGCUGACCUAUUACCUGCUCUAGGCACCUGUAAGGCUCUUUACCCUUUCGAAGCAACUAGCGAAGGCAGUAUACCAAUGGCAGAGAACGAAGAGCUAUACCUGAUAGAGUUAGAUCAAGGGGAUGGAUGGACGAGGGUUCGUAGAAUAGCGGGACAAAGUGAAGAAGGUUUUGUGCCUACAUCGUACAUCGAGAUCAACGUUCAAAACCAGAAUCCCCCGUAACCCUCGGCGGGCGGCUGUCUUCCACCAGUCGAUGACUUUUUAUCAAUUUAUUGCUCGUUGCUCUGAUAGAAACAGGACGGAAAGCAUUUUUUACUUUAACUAUAAUAAGUACUAGCUCGCAUUAUUAUUAUUGCUGUAUGUAGUCAUUUCUUUUUCACAAAAUUCUAUACCUGCUGUAAUGGUUUCGUAUUUUUGCAUUAAUCGAGAUAACGACUGAUAAAAAAUGUACUGCCAUUGGUCUCCUACACUUUGAGAAUUAUUAAUUUUGUUUUUUGCUUUUCAUUACUCGUGUUACUUUAUUGUUUGUACAUAAGUGGCAGUAUAAUUUGCACUUUGUAUUUAAUUAUUUUCUGUUCGUUCGUUCAAUGAGAACAAGAAAAAUAAGAGUUAGUAAUUCAUGAGUAGACCGUCCAGAGUCAAUUUGAUGGUUCAAAUGAGAAGUACAUGAUAUAUUUAUUUAGUUCUUCGCCUAUUUUCAGUUUAACAAUUUUUUUACGUACCACAAAAUGAUCAAAAUAUUAGCCUGUGAUAUGUGUAUUUUAGGGCAGUUCGUUUUACUUUUCUUUUUUGAUGUACAGGUUCAUUACGAUCUUUUUUCAGUCUUGUCGGUUGAAAUCGAAGAUGAACAACAACAGAAAAUAACAUAGUUAAUUUAAGAGGGAACAUAUAUUUGCAGUGCUUGAUUUUUACUAGUCAGACUGCUUGCCAGGCAGACAACAAACUGUCUAUUUUUUUGUAAAUAAUCUUUUGCGUGGUCAUUCUCUAUUCGAAGAUCAUUUUGGGGGCCCAAUACAUACUUUCAAAAAUGUAGCUAAUGAUAACUUUUUACAUUGAAAAUUAAUUUCGAGUUUAAACACUCAUUUUAUGUUAUUAUUUUUAACUGUACUCCAAAAUUAGUAGUCCAAUAAGUAAUAUUUACCCCAGAAUAUGUUUUUAUAAGAUCUAUUUCAAUAAGUAAAAUCUUGUCAAAUAGAUCUGAACGAAUUAAUGUUGAAGUAAUUAAGCUAUUAAGCGUCUGUCUUUGAUAUAUACCAUGCAUAUUAACAAUAAACGGUCGUAAAAGGGAAAAUCCGACUCCUUUAACGACAGCGUUAUGUAUACAUAUUAUUAUAUGCUCACUGCAAUGUUAAUGUGGUUUCUUUUUAUGUUUUUCAGUAGUCUAAUUUUUUGAUAUUCGCCCGCUGGUCCUUGGUUAAUUUUUACCGUGACUAACGACGUAUUUAUCAUUUUUUAUUAGCUGCUAUUUUACUGCUAUUAUUAUUAUUAUUACUCUUACUACUACUUGUAUAUUUUUUGUAUCCUAAGCAAAAUGAAUACGCUCAUUGUUUAUGAAUUUUUAAUGUACAUUGUGAUUGCUAAAAUAAACGUGAAUGUUUAAGUCAUA